AGAGGAAGGGAGGGAUCUGUCCAGUGAGGGAAAGAGAUUGUCUGUGUGUAUGGGAGGGGAAGGAGGCACAGCGAUGCGAUUGGUGGGCAGAAAUAGAUGAACCAAUCAGGGAUGAGCAUGUAAAGCCAGCCACAGCAGAAGGAGAGGGAAGUGCAUUGACAGAGAGCAGUGAAAAGAGACUGAGCCAUGCCGAGCGGGAAGGGAGAUGAAGAAUCAGUAAAGGACAUUGUCAGGAGCCAUUGAGAGAUGGAGCGAGUGAUUGUAGGGUCUGUUAUGGAACUGAGCAGGCGUCAAACCGGGAUGACAUCAGCCAGUCAGGACAGUAUCUACUGAGGGCCAGGGAGGUACGCUGAGAAAGCACAUAGAGGAGAGAAGGAGGGAGAGAGAGAGAGAGAGAGAGAGAGAGAGAGAGAGAGAGAGAGAGAGACAGGCGUAGGUCCAGGGAGAGGCUGUGGGAGAGGGGGAGGAAGAGGAGGGAGGGAGAAGCAGAACAGCAUGAGGACAGCCAAGAAAGGGAGUGUGGAGAUGCCUGCCUUUGUGCGGCACCUGGUGAAGGAGACAGAGAAACGAGUGAGCUCCUUCUUCAAAGGGGGCCGCGGCGGAGGAGGCGGUGGGGAGCAGGCGGAGGGCGAGGAGGCGGCCGAGGAGGAGGGGUGCGUGAUCCCGUGCCCGUACCUGGACCGGCCCAUACUGGACAAGCUGCUGGAGGAGGGCUGCGCCCCCUGGGGUGUCACCUUCGCCUGCGCCUGCAUGCAGGGCUGGAGGGCCACCAUGGAGGACUUCCACAACUGCUACCCGCAGAUGGGGGGCAAGCUGUCCGACUGGGGCUUCUUCGCCGUGUUCGACGGCCACGCAGGCAGCGCCGUGGCAGAACACUGUUCCAGAAACCUGCUGGAGCACAUCCUGGCCACGGAUUCCAUGGGACCAGAAGAGGAUGUGGAGCGAGUGUCAGACGGCAUCACGGAGGGCUUCCUCAACACGGACAAACACUUAUACAGCAUUGCCAUGCGAGAGGGCUGGGAGCGCGGUGGCACCACUGUGGUCUCCACCAUGCUGACGCCUCAAAACAUCUACUUUUCCAACCUCGGGGACUCCCGGGCCCUGCUGUGCCGCGGCGGGCGAGUCGGCUUCUCCACGGCCGACCACAAGCCAUACAGCCCGGCGGAGAAGGAGCGCAUCGAGAGGGCCGGCGGCUCCGUCACGCUGCAGCGGAUCAACGGCUCCCUGGCCGUGUCGCGUGCGCUCGGGGACUUCAGCUACAAGACGGCGGAGUGGUGCACGGCCAGGGAGCAGAUGGUGUCGCCGGAGCCGGAGGUGACCGUGGUGGAGCGCUCGCCGAUGGACGAGUUCCUGGUGCUGGCCUGUGACGGCGUGUGGGACGCCAUCAGUAACGAGGAGCUCUGCGAGUUUGUCAGCAGCCGGUUGCGCGUCUGCACUGACCUGAGGGAGGUCUGCUCCCAGAUCAUCGACCUCUGUCUCUACAAGGGGAGUCUGGACAACAUCAGUGUGAUCCUGGUGUGCUUCCCUGCCGCCCCCCAGCUGUCGCCCGAGGCACUGCACCAAGAGGCCGAGCUGGAGGAUCUGCUGGAGUCCAAAGUGGCAGACAUUUUUGAGGAGCUGAGCGGCAGAGGGGAGGAUCCCGAUUUGCUGUCUGUUCUCACGGUUCUGGCCUCUACAGUAAUUCCAGGACUGCCACCAGGGGGCGGUCUCCAAAGCAAGCGCAACUGCAUCAUAUCUGCUUAUUACCAGCAAAAGGAGGCACGCGAACUGAGGUCUCAGGAAAAAGGCGGUGCGGCGGAAUCCUUCUAAUUGAUAUAAUUCAUUGUUGCAGUAUAUCAAAGACUAUCCGAUACCAUGUUAGAAUCCAACAAGUGACUAAUUAUACAAGAGGAUUCAUUAUUUGCACAAGUAUUUUUCAAAUGCCACAUUGAUAUAUGUGAUAUUCGAUGUGGAAUUUUUUUAUUUGAUUUUAUUUUCAGUUUAUCUUAUUUCACUUUAUUUCGCUAUUUGUUUUUUAUUUAAGAUAAUAUGUAGUUAUGCAGGUGAAACUGAAACAACUGACCGGAGCUGGGGUGAGUUAAUGCCAGAUGUAGGCAAAAUCCACACCAGAUCUGGGAUGAAUCUGCUGCAGAGUCAUGUGUCUUCUGGGGCUAGUUUGAACAAGAUCAUUAGCACGUUCUGUCUGUCAGGCAAGAGGGAAGAGGCCCAGGCGAUGGUUUUAUUGAAUACAGUGUGUUCGUUGUCAUAGCAUCAGUAAUAGAGUUAACUGAACUGUACUGAAUAUUUGAUUGUAUUCCCAUAACUGAUGACAUUACAUGAAAGUUUGUCUUUUGUGAGACUUUUUUCCUUGAUAUAAAUCAUGUUGUCAAAGAGAUUAGGUUGUGCAAGUGCAGUUCAUCGUAAAAACCCUUGGUCCACAUAAAGACAUGAAAUGAUUCUGUGAAUUUCCAAGGCAUGCACUUGUAUUACUUCAAGUCAUGCCAUUCAACCUUCAGUGCUAGUUUGAACUUUGUCAUUCUUUUAUCCGUGCAUUUACAAGACUUCCAACCAGCUAUUGUGCAAUGGAUACAAAUGCAAUUCUUCCUAAAGGUUAAACCUCACUAUAGUCCGCAUUUCAUGUUCUCAUUGUUUGCAUGAAGUGUAUUGUAUAGCCUUAAUGAUCUCUAUGAAGUUACGGUAAUAGAUCGGUUGAGAGACAUUAUCUUUAAACAUCAUCCAUAAUGACUGAGAUGUUGUAAUAAGUGUGAAGUAUGAAAUCCCAUGUGCAUUGUACACAUCUUGUAUUAAGAUGGCGUUUAUCAGAGUAAAAGUCAAAUACAAAACAA